GCUAGAGGAGCUGGGUGGUGGCUGAGGGGCGGGGAGCGGUGGGAGGAGGGCCAGAUCCCAAUUUCCCUGCUGCUCUUCAGGUGACUUGACGCUGACAGAGGUAAAAAUCUGCUAACUCAGGGGGCAGACUCAACCAGGGCUGCAAGCAGGCCUGGGGAAUGACCCCCCAUCUCGAACCUGCACCUUCUGGAGUUGCACAGCUGUCUCAAGCUGUCUCUACCUCUGUGCCUGGCCCUUGCCCUGUCACCUUUCCCUGUGCCACAUGGGCUCUACCAGGACCAUGCGCCUCUGGGGGCCUUGGAGCCUGGGGGUGGCUCUGGGAGUCUUCAUGACCAUUGGAUUUGCCCUCCAGCUCUGGGGGGGACCCUUCCAGAAGAGGUUACCUGGGCUGCAGCUCCGACAGCCAUGGGCCCCAUCCCCAGGACCAGCUGUUCCGUCCUGCCCUCCCCGGCAGCGGCUGGUGUUCCUGAAGACACAUAAAUCUGGGAGCAGCUCUGUGCUGAGCCUGCUUCAUCGCUACGGGGAUCGACAUGGGCUGCGCUUCGCCCUCCCCACCCGCUACCAGUUUGGCUACCCAAGGCUUUUCCAGGCCUCUUGGGUCAAAGGCUACCACCCUCAGGGGGGAGGCACCCAGCCCCCCUUCCACAUCCUCUGUCAUCACAUGAGGUUCAACCUGAAAGAGGUACUUCGGGUUAUGCCUUCUGACAGCUUUUUCUUUUCCAUUGUCCGAGAUCCAGCAGCUCUGGCCCACUCUGCCUUCUCCUACUAUAAAUCCACCUCAUCGGCCUUCCGCAAGGCACCUUCCUUGGCUGCUUUCCUGAACAGUCCUCGAGCCUAUUACCGGCCUGGAGCCCGUGGGGACCACUACGCACGCAACUUGCUAUGGUUUGACUUUGGCCUCCCUUUCCCCCCAGAGAUGAGGACCAAGAGAGGAAAUCUUCAUCCCCCCAGAGACUCCAACCCCCCACAGCUGCAUGUCCUGCCUUUCGGUGCUGAUCCUCGAGCCUACACCCUGGAUCCCAAUGCUCUCUUCCAUCCUGCUCCUACUGCUGCUAAUGGUCCCAGCCAGACAUCCAGCUCUGCCACUUUAGGUUUGGGGUCUUCAUCCUUCAUCCAGUGGAGUCUGGCUUGGCUGGAUUCUGUCUUUGACUUGGUCUUGGUGGCUGAAUACUUUGAUGAGUCAUUGGUUCUGCUGGCAGAUGCCCUGUGCUGGGGUCUAGAUGAUGUGGUAGGAUUCAUGCACAAUGCCCAGGCUGGAAGUGAGCAGGGCAGAAGUACUGUCAGCAAUGGUGGACUGACCACUGAGGACAGGCCGCUGACUGCACGGGCCCGAGCCUGGAACAACCUGGACUGGGCUCUUUAUGUUCACUUCAACCACAGUCUGUGGGCACGAAUAAAGCAAUACGGCCAGAGCCGGCUGGAGAGUGCAGUGGUGGAGCUCCGGGCUCGCCGAGAGGCCCUAGCUAAACAUUGCCUGGUUGGAGGUGAGGCUUUAGACCCCAAACACAUCACUGACCGACGGUUCCGCCCUUUCCAGUUUGGGUCAGGUAAGAUUUUGGGCUAUGUUCUUCGGAGUGGACUGAGCCUCCAAGACCAGGAGGAGUGUGAGCGCCUGGCCACCCCUGAGCUACAGUACAAAGACAAGCUAGAUGUCAAGCAGUUCCCCCCAACAGUCUCUCUGCCCCUCAAGACUUCAAGGCUACUCUCUCCCUAGGAAUUAGACCACUAAAUCUUAGGUUGAAGAGCAGCUAAUCUACAAGGACGCAUGUGAUAACUGUGUGGCAGCCAGAUGACAUUUUCCCUUCCCUCAGAAACCAUAUCUACUCCCUAGAGGACAAAUGGAACUUUGCACAGAUGUGAGCCCAAAGUCCUCCAGCCUGUGCCAAGGAAUCCAGUCGUUCAGUUCCUAACAGGAUCCCCAGCCCCAUUUUGCCCCUUCCCCUUUCCAGCCCCCUAGCAGGCCCCUGUAGCACUCUCAAGAGGCUCCCUGGAGGAGUAAACCAUGGUGUAAGCCAGAGAAAAUUUGGGAAAAGGUAGAUUAGAAAAAU